CCAAAACACUAUGCCAAGAAAGUCUCUUUCCUGACAUCCAUGGCACCCCAAAGCCACACCCAACCCCCCUCCCACCUCCUCGCCUAUUGUUCACUCCUCAAGCAUGCAAAUGUGAGCCCAACCUACGAAGAGGGAACACAUCCCAUCCCUGUAUAAAGGCAUCGAGCCUCACUGUACCCUGUCCCAUACAGAGGUACUCUCCCUCAAAGGAAAAUACAUACAGAAUCCUGUGGAUCCAGCACUGCAGCUCGUGCCGUAAUGGUUAUUUCUUUGUCAUCAAGAUUCUUCCCUGUUCUCACCUUCCUGCUCCUGCUUGACUUGGAGCCAGCGCUCGGACUGGGGCUGCAGUUGGGAGAUGGCCAGUGGGACCUCCAUAGCUCCUCUCGCUGCAUCCCCAUCCCCGCCAACAUGGCCCUGUGCCACAACAUCGGCUACAGGAACAUGAGGAUGCCAAAUUUACUGGGACAUGAGUCGCUGGGGGAGGCUAUCCAGCAGUCAGUCAGCUGGCUGCCCCUCCUAGCUCGUGAAUGCCACCCUGAUGCCCGAAUCUUCCUCUGCUCCCUCUUCGCACCCAUCUGUUUGGACAGGUUCAUCUCACCAUGCCGCAGCCUCUGCGAGCUGGUGAGGGACAGCUGCGCUCCCAUCAUGGCCUGCUAUGGCUAUCCCUGGCCUGCCAUUCUUAACUGUGACCAGUUCCCUGCUGACAACCUCAUGUGCGUCUCAUCAAUCCAUAACAGCACCUCCUCCCACCCCAACAGCCGAAAAGCCGUACCUCGGGCCAGUUGUAGGGACUGUGAGCUGGAGGAGGCGGAGUCCAUCAGAGAUGCCCUGGAUACUUUCUGUAGGAACGACUUUGUGGUCAAGCUACGUCUCUCACGCCUGAACUCCAGCAGCGUCAAUCUGGCCCAGUUCACACUGGCCUCCAGGCUGGAGGUCCUCAAACAUGGUCCACUACUCGGCGGCCAGAUUCGCGCGCGACUCCAGCUCUGGCUGGAGCGGGACGCCACUUGUGUGCGCAACAUGACACGACGGCAGCAUGCGGGCGGCACCUUCCUGGUGAUGGGCACGGUGCAGGGCGAGCGUCUGGUUGUCAACAAGGCUUACAGCUGGCACAAGCGUGAUCGCAACCUUAUGACUGCAGCGCGCAAGUGGAAGAAACACCGGUGCCGAGGAUAGAGGGAUUUGGUGCGAGGGUAUGAGUGAAAGGCACUGGUGUUUGACCUGCACUUGGAUGGGCUUUGGGUAACCGACCAAGACGUUUCCUAUCUUAGACAACGUACGUUGUGUGAACAUUCUGUCCGCAAAAAAGGAAAGUGCACUACCAGACAUAAUCUGUAGCAGCUAUGUUACAAUGCUGUGAAUGCUUGGAGUGAUGGGUCAUAUCAUGGCCUGAGAGGACAAGCUUGUCAAGUCUAGUCAUCUUUAUUACAGAGCACAUUUCAAACAUCUCAAGUGGAGACAAAGUGCUGCACAUAGCCAAGAAAAAAGUUACAUACAUACAGCAAUCAACAUCCAUUCAAAAAGACAAAAAGGAGACAACUCUCAUUAGUCAAAGGCCAAAGAAAAUAAAUGUUUUAACUUGACUUUAAACACUUAAAUUGUUACAUAACAUGUAAAAGUAGGCUAUUCCAAAAUUUGGGUGCAGCUACAGAAAAGGUACGAUCACUUCUCAGCUUUAGCCUAGAUCUGCGCACAUCUAGCAGUAAUUGUGUGAGGAUCUAAGGGCACGAUGAGGGGAGUCAGCAGGAAGUAUAUCAGUAGCUUGGGGCCAAGCCGUGUAAACAUCUGAAAACAAAAAACAAAACUUUACAAUCAACAGUAACAGGAAGCCAGCGUAAAGUGGCUAAAAUAUGCUCAAAUUUAUAAUUGAAGUCAGGUAAUCAAUGAGUGACUUACUCCAGUGUAAAGAGAACUGCAGCUAUCGGGGCAAAAUGGAUUAUUAUCUAAAAUUGUACCUCGUAUCGUGGAAAGAAAAGGCUUAACUUUGGAUAGACUUCUAAGGUCAGCCUUAAAGAACGGAAGAAAUGUGAAUGUCAAAUUUAAAUUAGCUAUCUAAAACCACUCCAAGGUUCUGUACAGAAGAUUUACAGCAGAUAGACAGAGCACCAAGGUCAAGGAAGGCCUUCAAAUAGAAUAGGAAGAGAUUUUGAAUCACUCUGUCAAUUGGUAAGUAAAUUUGUGUAUCAUCUGUGUAACAAUAAAAAACAAUGUUGAAAAGCAAUGUCUCCUGAAUAUGGAGCCUAAUAGCAAAAUAUACAGGAAUAUUAAGGGCCUAGGGGUUGAACCUUGUGGAACUCCACAUGUAAGAGCAGCUGAAGAAGAGGUACAAUCACCUAGUCUUACUGAGAACCUUCUACAGGUACCUGUAAGAAAUGUCUUAAACCAGUCUAAAGCAACCCCUUGGAUGCCAAUCUCAUGACUGAGACGAGAGGUCAGAAUGUCAUGAUUGACUAAACAGAGGAUGAAUUCCAGAGAGAACCCAUUAGCCCCCAUUAUGUGCGAAAGGGUUCCCGAAAUCCUCCUUGCCAAAGGUUGUAUUGUUGUAUGUGGGCAGAGAAUGGCUCAAGGGUUCUUAAGUGUCCUCUAACCACCAGAGGAGUUUCAGUUUCUGGCUUUUCUUGAGGGCCAAACAAUAAGGGUCAAUUCUUGAGAGUUAUCCCAGCAUCAUUAAUAACAAAAGCUUUUUUGUUCUCUCAACACAUAGCAGAUAUACAUGUGUAAAUUACUUAAAUUAUAUACAGAAUUUACUUAGUGACCUUGCUCCACAUUAAUGUAUUAUGUUAGUAAUCUUACAAGGUUUCUUUUAAUGUGUUUUUAGUUACCAGAAAAGAAAAUAUAAUUUGUUUAAUGUCUAUAUUUUAAAAACAAUUAUUCUAGCCUAUAUAUGUAAGAAAUAAAGUGAAUCUGAAGGAGUUCUUUGUGUAUGCUAAGUAUGACUUUUUCCUGAUAAAUGGUACAUCUUUUUUUCCACUUUCGCAAAAUGUUAGAACCAACAGGAAUUAUUUGACAGAAACAACCGCUAAACUACAUUUUCCAUGCACACUAAUAUUAAAAUACUGGAAAUAUUUAGAGGAAGUGAAACAUUUGUUCAUCAUUCAUGGUGUUAUUAACAUGGAUUACAUUAUACUAAAACUAUUCGACACUUCCAAAAUCACAUAUCUACCUUCCACCUACACACAACAAAGAGAAUUAAUCAUUUCAAUUGACACUUUACAUUU